AUGAGCAUGCCGUGUGUAGCUCCCACUCGCUGGCAUCAGAAACACUAGAUAUCUUCGGUUCCGAGCUGUACAGAUUCAUACAAAUACACACCAGCAUUGGCUAGACGGAGGCUGCGUUCUGCCAAAACACACGUUGGGGAUAGGCUGUGAUAAAUAAGAAGGGGAGAAAGAGUCCAGCAUCUCUCGCACACACAAGACUCAAGCAGGAUCAGCACCUAUGAAGACCAGACUAGGCUGCCUGUCCAACAAAUCUGACUCCUACAGCGACUUCUCUGAGUUCCUGCCUCCUGCCCAUGAAACCACCGCCAGGUGUCUGAAAGUAUCAACGGAUGAGGUUGUUCGAUGGUCAGAAUCGUUUGAUCAUCUCCUCUCUCACAAAUAUGGCCUGGCUGCCUUCCGGACAUUUCUCAAGACCGAGUUCAGUGACGAGAAUAUCGAGUUUUGGAUGGCCUGCGAGGAGUACAAAAAAAUCAAAAGCUCAACCAAGCUGGUGUCCAAAGCAAACAAGAUCUUCCAGGAGUUCAUUGAUAUUCAGGCACCCAGAGAGGUAAACAUUGACUACCGCACCAGGGAAAAGACCAAGCAGAGCCUGGAGGAUCCGUCCCCAACCAGCCUCAACGAAGUCCAAGCUAAAGUCUACAGCCUCAUGGAGAAAGACUCCUACCCACGAUUCCUCAGGUCCAAGAUGUACCAGGGUAUAGUCAACAGGGCGCACGCACAAGGCCAGCGGAGGUCUGUUUGACCGACUCUGAUGAAGACCACAAACGACAUAAAACUGGACCUACACUGUCAAUCACUCGUAAACCCUUUGACAUCAUCUCUGAAUACUGUGAAUCUGCAAGGAUGGUGUUGACAUGCUUGACUGUUUCCUUUGUUUACACCAGCUCCAUGCAUGCAAUCCCUCGAAAAAGACAUGUCUUGGUGGGCUGCACUUACGUUACAAAGGAGGAGAUUUGAUGAGAAUAAGCUAAUAAUUUUACCUCUACUUAGUGCUGGGUGAUAUGUUAUAUCAAUAAUAGUGUAUAUUAUCACAAACGAUUACUAUGUGAUAAUGAUAUUUACACAAUUUCAGAAGAUAUCAGACAUAUACCAUGUCAUUAAAAUGUAUACUGGUAAAUUAAACUAACAACAACUACUAAAUGGAGCGAGCAACAACUGAAAUGCCACAACCAAUUCUUGAUCUUAUAAAAUUAUUUUCCGUCAUUCAAAAUAUUUAUUUUUAGUUACAGGUGCUAAAAGAUUGACUUGAGAAUAAGGACCGUGAAAUGCAGUCGAAAGCUCAAACUGUUUCUAAUAUCAAGAAUAAACUAAGGGUUGUUUGCAGUUUCAUUACACAUACCAAGAUGUAUAAAACUAAAUUUAAAUUUAAUUAAAUAUUCCAUAAGUUGAUUUCAAUAACUCAACAGGUUUUGACCCACUAUUAUUAUUAUUAUUAAUAAUAAAUUCAUUACCACGGACAUAAAAUAAAUAAAAUAACAUUGUUUGAUGUGCGGUUUCUAUGCACCACCCGUGUUUCCUUAUCUGCUGCAAGUCUUGUACUGUAGAUAUUGAAAAGCCCCUUAAGGCAAAUUUAGAAUUUUUGAUAUUGGGCUAAAUUAGUAAGAUUUUAAUUUUUUAUUUGAUACCAUACUCAGAAGUACCAUUCGCUGGCUUCAUUGGUUAAUAAACUGAAUAGACUUGUGGGGGUUCCACACACCACUUGUAGAAAACAGCCGUACUUGACCAAAAGUACUGAGUUGAUUUUUAUUCCAUCAUCAAGACAAAAACAUAUUGAACAUACCGCUUUGUUUUAUCGCCCAGCACUACCUCUACUUGUCUUCAGUUCUUUGUGAAAUAGACACCGUCGUAUGCAGGUGACUAGACCUGUUGUGGUAGUUUGUGUGUUUACGACGAACAAUGAACACUUAAUAUCUGAAACUGUGCCCAACUAGAUUGCACUUAGAUAUUGAUAUAACUACAUAAUCCUGUGUAUUGUAAACUCUUGCAGGUGUUCUAUGUGACAUUUGAUGUGGAGUAUAAUGAAGUAUUGGGUUCCUUUUUGCUUUCAAUUCACUCAAUCCAGGAAGUGGAAAUGUGUCAUCAUCCCUGAACUUGUCCUGCAUGGUAUAUACAGUUCAUCCGAUUGGGCUAAUUGUUUAUUGCUGGCCAGGAUUCUGUAGAAUUUUAGUAUUUUCAGUUAGAUUUGAUUAGGGCCUUGUCAUUGAACUAAAAUAACAUAAUUAAAAGUAAGCACAAUUUCUUUGGACUACUGAUCAACAUUGGAUGCAAAAUGACUGCAUUGAAUGUGCGAAAUAAAAGCUAAUUAGAAUAUCCUACUAAAAUAGAAAUUAUAAUUUACUAUACUAUAAUUUGCAAAAAUGUACAGCAUUAUCAGCACCCAGUAAAUAGAAUAUUAAACAUAGGCCUCCUAUAAUUAGUGAAUUGAAAGCGACAGCCUGACCCCCAUAGAAUCUGUUGAAAAAUGUGUUGUGCAAAUUUCCUAAGGAACAGCAUGAUGCAAUGCUCAGAUAAAAACUAUUUAGAUAUUCUUUAACUUGUACAGUAUGUUUUGAAAAUGACUGCAAAAAAACAACUUAAGUCUAGAAUAUGUCACUAACGUGUCAAUGUGUUUGAAAUGUGCUCCAUCAACAUUUGCACUCCUUUUUAAAUAAGCUGAUUGAAAAGAUUUCAGGGGAGAUAUUUUCUUUAUUGCAUGUGUACUUUAAAGGCCAAACUGUUGGAAAUACAACAAAACUGGCUGAACAACAUAUCGCCCUAUAUGGUAUGUUACUGUGUUCCACAUGAAUGUAACCUCCCCCCUAUAUUUUGUGAUUAAAAAUGAAUCUGCAUCUA